CCAAGGUAACAGCCUGGCCGGGAGGUGGCCUAGGGGGGAACUGGGGGGACAAGGCCUGUGUGUGCGCCGGGUGGGCCCUGCCGUCCUUAUAGCUUAAUUAGCUUUAAUUAGCUUAAUUAGCGUUAUAUUAACGCCUCACCGUGUGAAUCCUCAGCGCUUCGGCUCAACACAAGGAGGAUUGCAGCCAGCUGCGGUACGGCACGUUGUCUGUGAUGCUGGAGGGAUGGAGAGUUCAGAGGAGGAGAACUUCGGUGUAGCUGUCUCCUCCCCAUCUGAUGCAGAGUUUGAUGCUGUCAUUGGAUACCUGGAGGAUAUCAUCAUGGAUGAUGACUUCCAGUCCAUACAGAGGACUUUUAUGGAGAAGCACUACCAGGAGUUUGAUGAUUCAGAAGAAAACAAGCUCAUCUACACUUCUAUUUUUAAUGAAUAUAUCUCCUUAAUUGAGAAAUACAUUGAGGAAAAACUGCUCGAUCGGAUUCCUGGUUUUGAUAUGACUGCUUUCACAAUGUCUUUGCAGCAGCACAAGGAUGAAAUGGCAGGCGAUAUAUUCGAUAUGCUUCUCACAUUUACUGAUUUCCUGGCUUUCAAGGAGAUGUUCUUGGAUUACAGAGCUGUAAGUAUGUCACCUUGUUCGUUUUCAUUGGUGUGAUGGCUGUCAUUUCUGCAUAGCUCUGCCUGAGAGCACCAAAGUCAGUGUUACCACAGUGGGUAACAGCAUUCAUAACACUGGUUAUACGGGACCAAAAGGAAAAUAACUUAAUUGAGUGGCUGUUUAAACUCAGGUUGCACCCCCGUAACUCCUUGGGGACAGAUUGAGGAGGCAAUGUGUGUCUCAGCAGCGGGAGUAGUUUUAGCUGGGGGUUCUAGCAAGCUGUGUGCUUAAAUGCUCAGGUAACGUUGUCAAACCAAUAUAAAAACAGGGUAUGAAUCCAUCUUUUGAACUUAAAAGCUUGUGUAUUUGAAAGCAGCAUUAAGAAUUUCUUCUUUUAUGAUGUUUCUAGGAGAAGGUCGAAGUCUGGAUUUAAGUGGUGGUUUAGUGGUGACAUCCCUAAACAAAUCGUCCAUCUCCUCCUCCUAGAACAGUUGGUGCACUGCUUUCCUUCUCCACUUGAGUGCCACUGCUUUCACUGGGACAUUGAAACACAAAAGGUCACGAGAAUCAAGGUGCUUUUAUGUGAUGAAAACUCUCUCUCAGAUGCCUGAAACUUGCUGGUAUUCAAUGGCCACGGAAGAAGAAAACUUGAGUCCUCCUGGAGUAAUUGUAUUUUAAAUACAUAGUAUUUGUCCACUGUUCUUACUGUUACAGAGAAACUCCUUGUGCUGAGAGGACGAUAAAUAGAACUGUAUGUGGUUUUUUUGGGGGGUUGGCAUCUCAGCCAUCAUCCCAGAAGGCAGAACAUUAAAGAAUCAAGAAGGCAAUGCACAAAGAGUGUGUCUGUCCAGCUCUCGGGCAGGUCUGAAUACGUACAUGCCUUUUUUAACCUUUAAUCUGAUAUUACAGCUUUGUAACAGAAGUGUAUGUUUCCAUAUGUAGGUGUUUUAGCCUGAGGCUGCUUGUCUGCUCAGUGAGGACUGAUGUGUUAGCGUGUAAAUCUGUCUGCUCAUUGGCUUAAUUCAGUCUCAUCCUUAAGGGGCAAAGUUCUGAUUUGCUUCGGUUCAGCUGUUCUACACCGAGAAAAUAACUGAAAAUCCAAAGCUGGCCUCUCUAUGCAGUUUCUUUCUGUUUGGCAGUGGCACAGCUGUAAGCUCAAAGGUACAUUGGGCACAGACCUGUUCAGCACCGUGUUAUUUACUGCAUGCUGUUUAAAACAUGUGUUUGCUCUUAGUUGUUAGCAGUGUUAGUGAAGCAGCUCAGGAGUGUUUGUAGUGGGGCUGUAGCCAUAAGCCUGCUACCAAACCCCGGCUGCUUCUGCCUUCACAGUUGGAAUUAAAAUGUAUUUGGAGCCAUAAGGACCCUCUGCUCUUAUGCUGUCAGACGUGUUAAUCUGCUGCUUAAUGACACGCUCAGGCAACGUGUGUCUAAAAAGCACGAGAGCAGACAGAAGCAGGUGCUGGUGCUGCAGAGCACUGAGUGUUCCCUGCCAGUGCAGCCAGUAGCUGUCACCCGGUGAGGACCUGGGUAGAGCAGAAGUACAGAGCUUUGCAGGGAGAAAAGCCUCCAGCCAGGACAAAGGAGAUGAAAUCCUGCUGCUGUUGGCUUCUGCCAGUCAUCUCAGCAGUGCUGGGGUUUGAUUGCUGAAAUGAAGUCGUUUAUUUGAGCAGCAGUGAGGACCCUGGGCCAUGCAGGCUUCUCCUUGAAGCAUAGUCAGCAUGCAAGGGUAGGAGGCAAGCAGGGCAAUGCUCUGAGGUGGCUGUUACCAGAGGGGGAAAAAUAGGAACAUCGGGUAGUAGCUCUAAUCCAAACAAGAUGCAGCUGUAUUUCCUUUUGAAUCCUGAGGUUAAAAUUGGAGGUAUUGAAGACCUCAGGAUGCCAUUCAUGCAUGGACAGGAGCUCUUUGGUUAACUCCUUCCCUCUGACUUUUUAAGGUUUUACCGUAUUUAAAAAGAAACCCCGUAGGAAUGUUUUAAUUGUGAAUUGUUGAGCUUAAUUAAUUCCUAACUAAAACCAUAUUUCCCUUCUUAGUUUGAACUGGAACAAAAUCCAAGCAAAACCAAACACCUGCUGCAGUUGCUCUGGAUCAUUAUGUGAGGUAAUGGCAGUCUGAGGGGUACCCUGCCUGCUGUGUCCUGGUUGUUUUAUGUGUUUCUUUAUGACACGCUGGGGCCAGGCUCUGGUUUGGUGCCUUUUCCACCAGGCAAAAGUCUUUAAGAGAUUAAAUCUCUAUCUGCACUGGA